GUGGCGCUGCGCACUCAGAACAAGAUGGCCUGACUGAAACACGCUAACCGGCGGGAGCCAGCUUUUUAACAUAAACGAUGGCUACUGAAAACUCUCAAAAUACGUUUACAUGCCAGUUGUGUGGUUUGAGUACUGCGUUUACUUACUACGGCCAGAAACCACCGAACACCAGAGCCAUCGUGUUGCUUGAGGAGUGUUUUGUGACUAAAGAUCCGUUCAGUCCGGACAAGGAGAAGUUCCUGGUGUUGGGUUCUAMCUGCACUUUGUGCAGGAAGUGUGUCUGUGUUGGAUCGGACUGCAGUCUGUUCUACACCAGGCGGUUCUGCCUGCAGUGCGUGAACCAGCACCUGGACCAGUUCCCCCUUCAGAUUCGGGCCGAGCUGGCGAAGAAGUCGUCGAGCUCAAAGCCCGCCGUCUUGUGACACGGCGAGAUCCACGACGCGCUCGGCCGACCGCAGACAAAGCUUUAUGCACGUUUGAUGGUAAAUGAAGCAGAGCUGUGAAAGCGUAAAAGUGUUUUCACUGUGGCGCAAAAAAAAAAACAAGACUAUUUGCAUUAUUUUGCAUUUGAAAGUUUUUCUUUAGUUCAUUGUUUUGUAACACAGUUUUAGAAUUAUCUGUAUUAUUCCCCCCAAAACCUCAGUAAAACUGCAACAAAUAUACUUAUGCUAAUAUA